CCUACAUGACCUACGUCAAAUCCAUGUUGAUAACUCUCUGGUAGAGGCAGAAGGUAAGGCAGGCUCUCUUCAACAAGAAAACGAAAUAAAGGCUUGCAUCCUAUUUCCACCUAUUUGUGCAGGAUCUACUGGAGGAACAAACAAAACGGUCAGCAUAUUUUCUCUCACACAGCCAUGACUCCCGUUGUUGGCAGGAAGGCCACCGGCCUUGUAGCUGCCACUUUUACACCUCUCACUCCUGAAGGUGAAAUCAACCUUUCAGAGAUCAGACCCUACGUUGACUACCUGUUAGAGCAACAAGGUGUUAAGAGUAUAUUUGUAAAUGGCACGACAGGAGAAGGUAUGUCUCUCACUGUGGAGGAGAGGAAGCUGCUUGCAGUGGAGUGGUGUCAUCAGGGCAAGAACAAGCUGGAGCAGGUGAUAGUGCACGUGGGCUGCAUGAGUCUGAAGGACUCCCAGGAGCUGGCACGACAUGCUGCUGAAAUAGGAGCCGAUGGGAUAUCAGUGAUCUCCCCCUCUUUCUUCAAACCCGCCACUGCAGAUGCUCUGAGGAUGUUUCUCCAGGAAGUGGCUGCAGCCGCCCCAGCCAUGCCCUUCUACUAUUAUCACAUUCCAGCUGUGACCGGGGUCAACUUGCGAUCAAGGGAUGUGUUGGAGGGGAUAGCGAAUCAGAUCCCCUCGUUCCAGGGGCUGAAGUUCAGUGGCAGCGACCUGAUGGACUUUGGCCAGUGUGUCAGCUAUAGUUCAUCUCACUGGUCACUCCUAUAUGGUAUAGAUGAGCAACUGCUAGGAGCUUUGGCAAUGGGUGCCAAUGGGGCUGUAGGCAGCACAUACAACUACCUGGGCAGCAGUGUGAACAGACUCAUGUCAGCCUUUGAUAAAGGGGACCUCACCAAGGCCAGGACUAUACAGUUCCAGGUGCAAGAUAUCCUCUGUUAUGCAAUAAAUCUAGGGUUUGAUUUGGCUGUGAAUAAGCAGCUGAUGAGUGAGGUGUCAGGAUUGGCUCUGGGCCCUCCCCGCCUGCCCUUGCUGCCCUGCCCCCAUCCCAAGGCGCUCUCCAUAGCACAGAGACUCCAGCAGAUCCUCGGGGAGCAAUGACAGCAGCACGGAGGCUUGGCUUUAUAGGCCAGCCUGGGAGCAUCACAGAGUCGGUUUAAACAGUCAUGCAUUUCUCUGUUUAUCUAGACUCUCCCAAGAUGUCAACUCUGAAAUCUCCUAUUCUGUUCUCCUGCUUCUAACUGAUUUUAAUAAGGAGGAACAGAAAACACUAACACUGUACCCAAUAAGUUUGAUUUAACUGACUAUCGCCUGCACAUGUAUUCAAAUAAAAAGAAACAUUCCACUGCCAGAAGCCCAAAAUGCCCAAAAAAACACAGACAUGCAAGAGGUGCAAUCAAGCAUCAUGUAGUAGGGCAUUAAGAGCAUCAAGAGCAUAGCCUACUAGGGAACUGUUAAAAAUACUUUUAGCACCUUGUAUCUUAAAAUGGUUUCUGAUAUGUAAUCUAUAUUGUUUUUAUAGUGAGACCUGCAGUGUUGUUUUCUUCAUACUUUAUUUGUUUUUACUCUCUUUGUCGUUUACAGGAGCAACAAUGCAUUUUUGUGUGGUCGAUACCUUUUCAUAUAAGUACUGUAUUAGACUGUAACCUAACCCUGAAGUAAAUCAGUACAUCUAUAAGUUGAAUUGCCACUGACCUCAAAAGUGUGAACUGCAUUCUUUCCAGUAUUGUAGUCUUGAUAUUAUCUUUAAAGUGAAUUACAGUAUAACUGAACUUGUAUGUGAGUGAAAGGGAAAUCUAAACAAAACUUGAAUCAUUUUUGUAAACACUCUUGGACAUUGCAUAUGAAAUAAAAGAUCAACCGUUUUGGAAUGUUAUGCCA